AUGGCCUCCGCCGGCGCCACCAAAGUUGAGGAUACCGACCUUACCGGGGGCAGCACUACCAUUGCUGUGGCUAUGCCAUGGAAGGCGUUGUGGAAGAUCGAAGGUCGCGACUGGUUCUCGAGUGACCUAUCUCCCUCUGAUGGCAAGUCCCCAGCUUCGACCAUUACCUUCCGGCUCCCAGAUCAGCAGCGUGCAAGCACCUAUAUCCGCAUCUCUUGCCCACGCAAUAUGUCGAAGUACAACAAUCCCAGACAGGCUCCUAACCACGUUAUCGGUAUCACGAUUCCCGCAAGCAAGGUCAAGGAGUUCACGUAUGAGGAUCUGCCUGGUGGGUACAUUGCCAAUGACGGUGACAAGUACUUUGUUCGAAACGGACAGAAUUUCACACAGCAUAACGGUGAACCAUUUCCCCUUGGCGUAUCAUAUAUCAAGGCCUCAGGUGCUUAUAUCUCCGGGGCCAAGGUUCCUAUUCUCUCUACCAAUGAGAUGACCCACUCAAUCAUCGACUUGAUCAAAAGCAUCCGCAUUUCUCCAAUUUCGACAUUCUACUUCCUCAUUCGCCGUCAAGAAGACAUGACUAAUCUCUACGCGUCUAACUUCCAGUAUCGCAUUGCGAACGAAGCUGUUAAGGACCCUCUUCAGGCCUGGAUCAACGACUCGCCAAAUACAGACGCUAUCACGAUGGGUAACCUCGUUAAGGCCUUCAAACGCCCUAACAUCCCGAUCCAAUGUGCCGAGCUCGUCUAUGAGGACCGGAACGCUCUCCAAGUCGCCCAGAUCUACGCAUCGCUUUACGAAGAGGAAUAA